AAUGAUACGAUUACGAUGGUAGUCCGUGGGAUCUUAGCCUUGACUUUGGCUUGGACUCUAACUCUGAAUAUGUAAAUGCAUUUUUAAGAUACAGUGGCUGCUCCGAAGGUGUACCCUAUUACCUGUGUUGAUUAUUCAUCAAGAAUGUGGAACCAUUUACCACGCUCGAGCAUCUCAAGGAUUAUCUCUGUCUGUGCUGCCCAAAAACAAAGUAUCUAUUACGAUUCCACUGCCCAAUCCCUGAGCGCCCACUGUAUCGCCAUCUCGAGAUUUGAUUGCUUUGUUCAAUUUAAAUUGGAACACACCGCGCUCGCUGACAAUUAAAGCUCGCCAUUCAGUUGGCUGCCAGUCUAAUUCUUAUCAAUAAAAAAAGCCAGUUCCAGUUGCAAAAAGUUCAUGGAUUAGCAGCAACUGGAACGUUACGUUACAAGCCAAGAUCUCUGGCUCUGAGCCGGAGCAGCAGCAGCAGCAACCCACUCCACCGGCCCCGCAUAUGCGAUAAUUGAUUUUCCCGUACAUAAUUUAUGACGCACGAAACUGACAGCCGACUUUUAGAUUAAAAACUGCCACUGACCAGCGGCAAUAAAUCUUCAUCAUGUUUACUGCCUGCCAAGUUGCGUUCUUCGCUGGAUGCCUCGCUUUGGCUUUGAGCUGCGUACAGGCUCAGUUUUUCUACCAUCAGGCAUUGGGUCUGCCUUCGACACACUCGUUUGAGCCGGCAAAUCCGUAUCAGGGAUAUGCCACGGCCGAUGCCCAUCCCUCAGUGGUGCGCAACGCUCAAUGGGAGUCGGAGCUUCCUGCCGAGCUGUCGAAGAGUGCGCGAUUCUACAAUGAUCCUGUUGUAGCCGCCAAUCUGGCCAAGGCGUCGCUCCUCACCACAAAGGAAAUGGCUGUAGUGCAUCGCGAGGCGGAGAAAAUUCCACGGGAUCAGGUCUAUAAACUAUUCAAAAACGCCGGCUGGCUGAGUCGCAGAUAGAAAUUAGAAGCAAAAUCUGUUGAGAAGAAUGGACUUCCAUUUCCCACGUACCUUGUUGUAUUUUUUUUUUUUGUGUAAUUUGUAUAUUAGUUUGUAAAUUGUUAAUAUAUUGUACAUGCAUACAUGCAGAUUAAACAUUCUUGUAA